GGCUAAAAAUCAGUCUGGUGUCAAGUUUCAGUCUGGCGGUAAACGUGCAGCGCAGGUCGCUGUGAAAUCCUCGUGAUCCGACCAAUGCAAACCGUUUCAAGAUACAGUCACCACAGCGCGUCCAAUCAGCGCCUCCGUCAGACCAGCCGGGAACAAGCGAAAGCGACUCACCGACGAAGCCUCACAGUAACUUCAUCCACCGAUGGAUUAUAUUCCAACAGAAACGGUCUUGUUACGCUGUCAAAGGUCCAGACGAUCCAAUCUAGUAAAACAUUUAGUCCGAAACACAUUAUUCCAUCAGGAAAUCCUCAGAGACGGCUGCAGGUAGGCGCACCUGAUAGGUCAUUAUAACCGGAAUAACUCCAGUUUGGAACUCUGACACCAAAUCCGACCCAAUAGGCGCUCACAUGUCCCUUUCACAGCCUCCAACAGCCAAUGAGAGCCCGCGCUGUAAGGAAGGGCCGGCCCCUGUUAUUUCCUGGGCAGGCCGAGCCAACUGUGCCGAUGACUGGCGCUUCCUGUAGCUCAGACCUACCCUUAUCAAAACCUGUGUAAAUGGUAUUGCUCUAAAAUUAAAAGUUGGACUAGGUGAGGCUUUCCGCUGUGGCCCCACAGUGUUUUCCAGCUCAUGGCAUGCAGGUGCGGAAAUGAAAUAUGUAUUGCUUUAAGUCUGUUCAAACUUGCACUCAUCACUUGCAGUGAUGCUGACUGUUAGACACUGCAGUGUUCUGCAGUUCUGUUCUCUUUCAGAUUCUCCAACUGGUUCAAGGGCUGCAUUCAGUUUACUGUUGGCUUGCCUGGGAUUGGCGUUUUACAGGAAUGUGAGAGAGGAGCUUACAUGCCGGUACUGCAACCCGCCGGUACUGCAACAUGCCGGUACUGCAACCCGCCGGUACUGCAACAUGCCGGUACUGCAACCCGCCGGUACUGCAACCCGCCGGUACUGCAACACGCCGGUACUGCAACCCGCCGGUACUGCAACCCGCCGGUACUGCAACCCGCCGGUACUGCAACGCGCCGGUACUGCAACCCGCCGGUACUGCAACGCGCCGGUACUGCAACCCGCCGGUACUGCAACGCGCCGGUACUGCAACGCGCCGGUACUGCAACACGCCGGUACUGCAACCCGCCGGUACUGCAACACGCCGGGAGUCACCUCACGCACAGACAGAAGACCCGUUCGCCGGCGUUCUCUGAUCUUGUGCACUCGGCAGCAACACUGUGAACGUCGCCGUGAGCGAUGCACCGUUCCUGAUUGUAAAGUCCGGGCACAUCUGGAUGGAAACAGGACCGUUGUUUAUAAUAAUUACUCUGUACGCCAUUAAACAAGAGGGAAAAUGUAUAGAAAUCGAUUAUUUCUUGCUCAAGACAGAGCAACAUUACCGACUAGUCCAACAGGAAGAAAGUACAAAGCGCAGGUGAGCUGACAGCUUCCCUCUGUGUGUUUCUGUCAUUCAGUCCCACCUGAAACAGGCAGACUAAUUAACACCAGGAGCUAAUGUGCUGCGUUCACUGUCACUAGAGACGCAGGUGUGAAUGUGUGUUCGGAAAAAAUCCUCCCUCACUAUAACAGAACGUUCAUUGUGUUGAAGUGUCUGAUCACUCUGCACAGGCAGCGCUGCAGCUAAUGAUUAUUUAUUUAUUUCAUCUAUAAACUGACAGGAAAUGCCCUGCGGCCGAGCUUGUUUUAUUCAACCAACAGUCCAGAACCAAAUAAAUCUGAUUUACUGAU